CGACCAAACGGGACCAAAAGUUUAGUCAGUUUUUCACGAAACGUUCGGCUCGAUCGGUCAACUGAUUUCUUAUUUCUAGCCGGAAUUAUUUCAUUUAAAAGAAAAUAAUUAUGUCGAGCGGUUACCAAGCGCUGCUGAAGAGUCUGGACGAGACGGAACGUGACGUGUCACGCGGAUUGGGCCGCUCCGUCAAAAUCCGCAAGCCCAGAAAGUGUUGCUGCUGUUCCGGCGCCGCCAUGUGGACCUGCUUAGCCUUGGUCAUAGUGUGCGGAUUGGUCAUCAGCGUUGGCCUGCCCAUCCUGCUCACCGUUCCGGUCGAUUCCAGCUGGCACUGGAAACACUGGAUGCCCUGGGCUAAUAGAGUCAAUUCUUCCACUAACGACCAACAUCUUUUACUAGGCGCGGAAGGAGAGGACAGUAAUGGAACUGUCGUCUGGUCGGGUCUUGACCUUUCGUCAGAACCGGAAGCGGAUCUUGCUGUCAAUAAUAAUCAGACGACUACUUCGGUCAAAUUCAUCCACGACGCCAUAACUCACCUCCACCAGAUGAUGGAGUGGACGAGGGAGCAGUACGACAAGACGCCCAAAAUUCCGCUCAUUAUCGGCCUGUCGGCUUUGCUGUUGGUCAUCAUGACCAUCAUUUGGCUGGUCGUCUACAGGAAGAUCCGGCGUCGCCAGAGGCGUCGAACCAUUGGCAAACUGGUGACGGAUCUCCAAUCCGGCAAGACUUUACUCAACUCGGAUGACAGCGAAGAUGAAUAACGACGUCGAGGCGGGUGUUGACCGGGCAAAUGCCAUUUUCUCUAUUUGAUUUAGUUUUGAUUUUAGUUUUAUAUCCUAUAACAAAGUGAGGGGUGGGUGGGAAUAUUUCAUCUAGUCGAGUGUGUGAUUUAUCUUUUUUGCAUCAUUUUGCAUUGAAAUGUAUACACGCCAAUUUAUGAAUUUUAUUUUAUAAACUGUAAAAGCCUUUGGCCCAUCCAUUUCUCUUAUAUUAUGUCUCUGAAAUAUCUUAAAAAAAUACAAUUCAACUUUUUAAAA